AUGAGAUUUUGGAUAAUUCUUAAAAAAUAGAGACGUAAUUUUAGAUUUAAGCAGAUAUUAUUACUUAAUGGCAUUAUUUAUUUUUAGAAUUCAAAGUUAAUCAACUCAAUAUUAAAAUAACUUUUUAUGAUUAUUAUUAAAAUGAUGUCAAAUCUUAUGAAGCAUAAGUUAAAGUCAUUAGUUUCAUAAUUGUUAAUAUAAAUUAAUUUAUGGUAAUAUUUUGUAAAAUUCAUUAAAUUACUUGAAAAUGGCAAUACGAAAUUUUCAAUUUGUUAAUUGCAAGGAUGA